CUUUCAGAUACGCACGGAAAUUGGACCGCUGUACUUGUUCGCUUUGCGGUCUCCCACAAAAGUGCUAUUGCGCCUGACCUCAAGUGUUUUCUUUACCCAAAGGUAUGAACAGAAUGUGCUGCUUUUUGCAUUGCAUCAUUCCCUUCCUCCUAGUUUAAAGAUAUUAUUACCUGAAGCAUUGUUAGUAUAGGAGGCUGGCUGUGAAAGCCGGCCUUGGAAGGGCCAAAACAACGGCUGCAGCUUAUGUUGGGAACUCUCUGACCGUGCACAAUUUUUAUCUUUCAUUCACACACCGUGACUGGAAACCUCUUUAUUGGUUGGUCCGACAAGCUCACGUGCUGCUGAAUUUAUUGUACGGUCAAGGUCAACAACAAGGUUGCCCCCCCAAAAUUAGAAAGGACUUUCUCCGUCUUCAUAACAAUUACACUUCAUCAACAAUGCCUGAAAGAAGCGAUCGACUUCAAAUAUUUAAAUAUUUGGGUGUGUUAUCUUCCUAUAAAAUAACCAGCAAGCUUACUUCAAUGAAAUGAAGUUGCAGGACCUUUUGUUGUGACAUGGGAUGACAUAGAAUCGUUUUCGUCCCAUUCACACGCCCCAAGCUUUUUUUAAAAAACAUAAUAUAUUAAGUUAAAGCUCUAGACUUAUAUUAGACUUUUUAGACUAAAAUUUCCGACAGAUCGAAGUUUCUUAAAACGUCACAAGAUAAUUAACCAGCGAAAUUAAGAUAAGUGCAUGAAUAAAAUAUUUAUUUCUUUUUUUUUUUGACCUAAUUCCUUUUAGAACCAGACCGACCUCACACUGAAUAUUUCUUCGUAUGGCUUCAGAUAUCCAGACUAUUUAUUCCUAUUACAGGUGAGCAUCUAGAGCUGCCACAAGCAGGUCGACUUCAGGACUUUCUAAGCAAGCGAAGCGAGCUUUCCGUUGGCAUCGAAGCGAGCGACGAAAUCGUAAGAGGUCUGUUGCCAUAUUAAAUGGGACGAAGGACUUUAUUGAAAGUCUAGUGAGCAUCGAGACUCACAUUAAUCAGCUUCUUUGACCUGAGUAACUGAUUGGUAAAUUGGUAAAGUUUGCUCAGCAGCUAUAUAUCGUAACCAAAUCUUGAAUAUGAGCUCGAAAGUGACGGCCAAAUCAUUUUAUUUUCUGAAGAAACAUUUAUCAUAUGAUAAUGGCAACAAGAAUAUAUUAAUUAAUUUCAAACUUUUGAGACUUGGAAGAAGUGGUAUAGCUUACUCGCGAUCAUCCACACUUUAGGGCAUGUGAGGGAGAUCGAAGCAAAUCGAACUGAACGGUUGUUUCUCUAAAUAAUUUUCUUUUCCUUGUUACGUUCACUUAUUUUUUUAAGUGUUUGUGCCUUUGUUCUGUGUACCUAAAUGUGCAUUAGUUUUCAAUUCUUUUGUUUAAUAUGUUUCUUUCGUCACACUUGUACUGCUAAUGUAAUAGAGCACCGUUAGUUUUUGCCAAUUUCUGUAACUUAUAUAAAUAAAGAAGGCUAAAGAGGCUAAAUAGAAUUUCUUCGUCAGCGUAGAAAGUGUGGCUGUAGUGUGCUAGGUAUUUUCAAAAAGAACGUCAUCGGUAUCAUAAAGGUCAAUGUGUGUGAGUUUAACUUUAAUUAGUUUUACGAAAUCCCUGCAAAUAGAAAAAGUAAAUUACACUUUAUGGGACUUUCAUCAAUUUAAGUUAGCAUUUCCUCUCCGGUUGUUACCACUGAAAGUUCAAGACCUGGAUCUCUUUUCAGAUUUCAGGUUUCCCUUUUACUCAGGAUGCAUUGUCAGUUAUGGAGACAUACGAACCAAACUUGUCGACAACAAGUAAGUGUAUCUUGUAUUAAAGUGGGAAGGGGUUUAUAGUUAUUAGCAAUACUGCAACUACAAUUGCUCUUUGUAAAGAAGCAAAUGAUCGUACUAUUUCGAAUUCGUAAUUAUUAUUGUUUAUGAAUUUGUUUUUCUCACAUGCUUGCGAUAAAAAAAGUCCUAGGACCUUGGGAUUUCACAUCAAAUAUCACAAUGCACUCAACACUCACAAAUGCGUCAUCCUCGAAAAAAUCAAGUAUCACUGUAAGGAGAAAGCUAUGCGGCUUUUUCAGGAACGUGGUAGACUUCUAGAAAAAGAAAUUAUUGUUCUUGAACCCUCUGACGCACGUACCAAGUCUUUUCAUUCAGAUGUUCAGUUUUUCCUCAGAGACAUUUUGGCAAACUUUAUUGACAGUCGAUUUCUAUAGUUACAAAAUAUGACAUCCUUAAUUUCAGGAACUGUGGGUCUAUAGCAGUAUUUUUCUAAUGAACAAAUAACCGUACGACCACUGAUGUCAAAUAUCUACUGUCCUGACUGAGCACUGUCUUUCAAACCGAGUUAUCUACUCAGCAUACUGGCCUCCCACUAAAUAAACUAAUCCAGUAGUGGCACCACUUUACACAAGAGGAAAAUAAAUAGAAAAUGUUGACUGAUAUUAAGACAUUCUGGGCAGUUUUCACUGGUCUCUCAUAACUGUUUGCGAUCCAAAAUGUAAGUAGCUCUUGGUGUGAAAAUGGGUGAAAAGUGCACUCGUUUCACUUAAAAGUGGAGAAGGAAACAAGUCGGUGUUGGGUUAAACACCUAUUUUUUUUACUAAGUUACAAAUAUACAAAAAAACCUAGUACGUAAUGUAAACUCUAAUUUCAUGGAUUGUCCAAGCCUUUAGAUUAAUGGUUAAAUAUUGAGUAACAAAUGAAUUCAAUCAGUAGGUUUGAGAAUUCUAUGAUGUUCUUGUUACAAUGUAUUUUGAUAAAUAUCAAUGUUUUUACUAUAAUUGUGUUUUCAUUUUUAUUACUUUAUCUUCAUUUUAUUUGUAGCGACACAUCCUCCAAAGAAAGAAAAAACUGGUAAGUUUAAAGUAGGUUUGAUAAGAGUAACGUUAAAGAUGUUACAACUCCAAGAAUAUAUUGCUUAGUAACUUGAUCAAUCCGCUACGCUUUUGUUCUUUGUGUGUUCAUGCCAACGCUCAACUCCCAUGCGCAAACGUUAAACAGGUGUCACAAGAGUCGAAAGAACAUUCGAAUCAUUACGACUCAAAUAAUGACGAUCAUCGUCUUCGUUUCUAUCUCUGUCGUCAUCAUCAUCAUCAUCAUCAUCAUCAUCAGGGCACGCACCAUAACGUCCUCCUCACUGUUGAAAAUUGCACUCAGGAUCUGCCAUUUGGUCAUUUAUUUAUCUAUUUAUUUUUUGAAAAAACUUUGACGAAAUAAUAAUGUUAAAGUACGGGUAAGAUAAUAAUCCAAUACGUGAUACGAGGAGGUGCAGUAUUCAUGGCUUCAACACCCUUUUCCAUUUUUUUGAACUCAGUCUUUUAUAUUUCAAUUAAUUCAAUGAUUAGUUUGAAAUGUCCUUAAACCUAUUCGUUUUAACGAAGAAAGGAACAGGUAUGUAAUUUCAAACUCUCUUAUCAUGCAACUUCUUUCUCAGCUACUGUAGUCGACUUUCGUUACAAACGGAGCACUACAAAGAAAAGUAACGGUAUGAGUAACAAUAGUAAAAAAAUAGAGUACCUUCAUGAUUUCGUGUUGGUGGCGUAGUACAUUCCGGCUGCAAACAAGGAGAACAAUUAUAUUAUAGUUUUCCAUUGUUUUCCUCCCGUAAGCGACAAAUUAAGGCAAGGCCUGCCAGUGAUUUCGACUCCUUGUUUGCAGCCGGAAUGUACUACGCCACUCGGAGUGUAUAAAUAGCUUUCCGUGCAAAACUUGAAACCAAACAUAUAAUAAUUUACAAAUUACAUGACGAAAUAAAUUACUUUCCAGAAAGGAAACUAAUGUGUCAGGACCUCAUCUGACCCCCGAGUUCUAACUGUAAAAUAAAGUUUUCAAUUUCAUUAAUAUUUCAUAAAGAAAAUACAAAGGAAAUUAACGCGCAAUCCAUCAGGAAAUUGAAUAAGUUUAAUUUUCAGUGGACAAAAACCUUGUACCAGGAUAAUUUAAAUAAUAUCGCAUUCUUUUUUACAUUUUUCAAGGGCUAUUUAUAAAUGUAAUUAGUUACAGUGGAAUCCCGAUCUCGAACCUCUAGGGGAAACGCAAAUUGGUUCGAGAAAUCGGGAUUCUACUGCAACUGUAUCUGUAAUAACACCAAAGAAAAUUUCUCAUGAGAGCCCGCCAAAAUAAAUGUCCAAUUUCACAAAAUGACACCUUACACAUGAAAUUAUCGGAAUUUUACCUGACGCAGGUGUUUCACAAUUCUUGUGAAAUUUGACAUUCUUUUUCUCGGGCUCCCAUGAGAAAUAGUCUUUGGUACGUGUUAUUACAGCUAGCUAAUUAUAUCUAUAGCCCUUGAAAAAUGUAAAAAAGAAUGCGAUAUUUUUGUUAAUUAUUCUAGUACAAGGUUUUUGUCCACUGAAAAAUAAAAUUACUCAAUUUUCUGAUGGAUUCCAUCUUGAUGUUUGAUGAGUGUGUGGAAAUCAGAGGAAAAACUGCUCAUUUUUGCAUUCUUAAUUUCUCCUUCUAAAAUCAUUUUGUUUAUGGAGUAAUAUCAAGCAUUCGAAACUCUGCCCAUCACCAGAUGAAACACCUGGAAGUUCGUCAAAAAUACUCCGCGUGCGUCACAUGCUUGAUAUAUUACUUUUAAAACAAACAAAACAACAACAAAGGGAAAACUAUGGAAAACUAUUAAUAUACUUACCAUCAGGACAAAAAUUGCAGUCGCAGGCUAUAACUGCGCGAAUCCUCGUUCACUAACAGUUAGUCUCCCGUUUCCCUCAAAUAUACAUAAUACAGUGGUAGAUCUCUGUUAUCGGUCACAAAGAAAGGAAUACCAUUUUUUCUCGAUAACCGAGGAACGUAUGCAGCCUCGAUCCUCUCCCCCCUCAUACAUAUUUUUAUGGUUCCAGCUUACUAAUUCAAAGUUUUCAUUUCUAGAUUCAUAUUUCUCCAUAUCCAUAUCUGUUGGCGUCCUCGUAGGACUCGGUUUGGUUGCGGUUGGUCUUUUAGUGCACUUUUUGCGCUCCAAGCCGGAUAAAAGCAAUAAUCCGUUACCUCAAGGUUUGUAUAUCGUGAAUUCCUUUCACGUCAAAUUAAAACAAACCACUAGAUUAUGGGCAUCCCAAUCACUUCAUUUCAUACAAGUCACUACCCUCUUGGGUCUUCAACAUCAUUCUUCUCCAAGGCGUCAAUUCCACUUCUCGCCGCAAUGAAAAUUAAAGGGAGCCCAGAGUUCUGAGCCUGUCAAAAAGGUAAAAUUUUCUAGUCGCCCAAGAGCAAAAGGUAGGAGCCAGGGGCCACUUUUAAAGAUUUGAACGACCCUGGAAUGGUUGAGCCCAUUAUCUUCUCUUUUGACGCUGUUGCUAUGAAAACGUCUUCAAGCUAUAACUUAACAAAACGACACGUGAUGUGACAGACACGUUUGUCAAAACUUUCAAUGACUGUUAAGUUUCAAGGGAGGUCUGACAAAGCUUCGACAUCUCCGGUUUCUAAACUUAAAGUUCAAUUAAUCCUGUUAUGAAUCACUUUUAUCACAUUAAAAAGAGAUCUGGGUUGUUCUCUAAAAUAGCUUCUCCCUUUGUUAACUUGAAAAGUUUCAAAUGCUCCCCUCGACUCGAUUUAAAAAGCGAUUCACCUUCUGUCACUGGAGAGAGGGCUGUGAUUGGCGUUCAUGGUAUAUAGUGGAUAUGGGUAUGAUGUCAUGGUCCUAAAGGAAAAGCAGUAGAAAAUAAGACCCAGUUCAUGAUCGACGUUUGAACCAAUUAAGUCCGACAUGUCUAAUUUGGGUCUACCCAUGAAUUAAGUUCGAGUGGCCCUAAUGCGAAUUUCACUGUGGAGCGACUUUGUUUCAAACGUCGAACUUUGCAUGUGCCGAGCCUAAUGCAUAAAUAACUCAAAUUUGUUUUCUCUUGUAAGCAUUUUAGACAAUUGAACAUCAUGAUAAUAUAGUUAUUAAGUUCAUGAGAAGAUCGACGUUUGAACUGGGCCUAACUGGCUUUUUGGUAGAUUAAUAUAGUUUCUUUAAAUGUUUAGAGUUAUAAACUAUCCUCAAAAUAAUGGCCACGCUUUGUUUGUUUGUUCGUUUGUAACCUUUUUCUUUCGUCUCUUGCAGAUUUUAGAUACCACGCAUUUAUAAUAUUCAACAGUGGAGACCAACGUUGGAUGAAGACCAAGCUUCUGCCUCUAUUGGAAGAAAAGCACCAUUUAAGUUGUUGUAUACACUAUAGAGACUUUGCCGUAGGGAAGCCUUUUCGUGACAGCAUGGCAGAAAGUGUUUACAAUAGCCACAAAGUCAUAGCAUUAUUUUCCAGUAAUUUUGUGAAAAGCAAUUAUUGUAAGUACGAGCUUGACCUCGCCAUAGGACGGCUUUUAUCGCAUCGCGAUUGUUGCUUGGCUGUCAUCAGGAUUGAUAAAGUUGAUAGUAAUAUGCUGCCUAAAGAACUCAAGGACAAAAGCUUUAUAGACUACAGCAAUGCCACCGAAAGGCGCAUUUGGAAACGAAAACUCCUAGAAUUUCUUCGUCUGCCUGGUGAUGAGGAAUGCCAUGACACUGACGUUAAUCAGAACUGUAAAAUUAACAGCACAAAUGACGACAACAGAGAAAGGCUAGAGAGUGCCAGCAGCAUGGAAUCUGAUGCGCACCAAGAACAUCCCAAUGCUGACAUGGAAGAAAUCAGUGACUUGAGCAGCAUAAAUGUAAUUCUUCCUCUGUUACCAUUUGUGAGGUUGGAGAGCACUACCAGCAAUGACACCGUUAUAUCUGUGGUGUAA